AGGAGGAGGAGGAGGAAAGGAAGAAGGAGAGGAAGCUGCCCUAGCAACGGCGACGGCCCCAGCAACAAGGAAGUUUGUCCAAUGGAAAGCGCGGGAAACCGCCCGUCGGCUCCCUCUUUUGCGCGCGCAAAGCCACUCCUCUUUGGAAGCGGCUGCGGGGCUGCAGCUGCUCUCCUUCCCACGCUCUCUGCUUAGAGAACAGACAAAGAGAAAAUGGGAAGAAAGGCUAAAGGAUAUUGAGGAGCUAGCAUCUUCGUAUAAACGACGGCCUCUCUGUCCACGCUACAAACCGCAGUUGUCCAAACCAUGGCAAGCAACCCCAGUUUGGAAGCUAUUUCAUCGGCAAACUCAGGCAUUUAACUUUGCCAAAACUUGUAAACAGGAUGUUCAUGUAUUUGCUUUGGAAAAGAAUGCAGAAAACAAGCAAAGGAUUUAUCUUGUGACAACAUACACAGAGCUUUGGUUUUAUUAUAGAACAUAUAAUGAAACAAGCCUUAUGCAUUGUUAUGAGGUUAUUCCAGAAGAAGCUGUUUGCAAACUUUACUUUGAUUUGGAAUUCUACAUACCAGCUAAUCAAGAAGCUGAUGGGAAACAGAUGGUAGCAGACUUGAUAGAGUUCAUUUGUAAAAAAAUUGAUGAACACUAUGGAAUAAAAUGUUCACUUGAAGAUGUUUUGAAUCUGGAUUCCAGCACCAAAGAAAAAUUUAGUUGCCACUUAAUAUUUUUGCUCCACAAUGCUGCAUUUAAGAAUAAUAUUCAUAUAGGUAACUUUUUAAGAAAAUUUUUGCAACCUGCUGUUCUUUUAACUAGGAAAAGAGAUGCAACGGUUCCAGUGGUUGUCUCUCGUUCUCAGAGUUGCAAAGCUGCCACUGAUUUGCCCAGCUCUCUUGAAAACCAGACUGUCACCAAGGAUGUGUCUCAUAGUAGGCAACUUAGUGCAAACAAUUCUUUGGGAAAUGGUGCAUCUCAAUGGAAAGAAAAUCCAGAUCUUUCUUUUCUAAUCGUGAAUGGUAAACACGGAGAAAAGCAGUUGUUCGUAGAUCUUGGAGUAUAUACAAAGAACAGAAACUUCCGCUUAUACAAGUCAUCAAAAGCAGGAAACUCUGUUGUUUUGGACAUUGCUGAAGAUAACAGAUUUGUUCCUGAACCAGUAAAGAAUUCUUGUAUAGAAGAGCAGUAUUUCCUUUCCUCUUUGAUCUGUAAUGUAAGAUUUUCAGACAGUUUAAAAAUUUUGUCCUGUGACAACCCAAAGGAGGCAAAAGAAAAAUCUACGGAUUUAGACGGCAGUGUUUCUAAUGGCUGUCUGGACCCCAUAGGAGGAUAUCAGUUUUCACCUUAUCCAGAAAUUGAUAACUUCGUUCUCUUUUUGGUCAAUAAAGAUAAUGUUCAAGGAGGCAUAAGAAGAUGGAACUAUUUUUCUCUUGAGCAACUUCUUGUAUAUGACAUCUCCAAGUAUCGCUGGUGCAUGAAUAUUGGCAGAGCUCACAAAAGUAACAAUAUAAUGAUUGUAAUAGAUUUGAAAAGUGAGAAUUGGUAUCAAAAAUGCCAUGACCCUGUUUGCAGAGCAGAAAACUUCAAGUCAGAAUGUUUUCCACUACCAGCUGAGGUAUGCCUCCCAUUUCUUUUCAAAGAGGAUGAAGAAUAUGUGUAUAUAAUGGAUGAAAAUGGAAAUAUUGAAGAAAAAGCAAACACAUACCAUGACCUUACAGAAGGAAAAUCUUUAACGGCAACACAUGAAAAUAGAGAGCUGAACACCAAGAAAAGCUCAAGUAUCACAGGAGAUAAUGAAAAUGACAUCUGUUUUUUGGAAGCUGCUGAGGAUAUAGAACUAGCUGAAGCUGCUGAAACAUUUCAGCCUUGGAGUACAGAUGAAAUACCUGAUGAACUCCUAAUAGAGGUUUCAAGAAAACACAAAGGAGAUGAAACAAAAAAGUAACUCUAAUUUAAUAAAUAAAAAGCAUUCACUAGGGUAGUUAUGUUGGCAAUAGCCAGACAAGCUAGCCAACAAUGUGCUUUUACUUGAGAAAUCAUGAUGGUUUCAGCUAGCUAGCCCCAAGAGUUCAAACACCGAAAAACAGUACCCCUUACAGGGCUGAAACAACUUAGCAACCACCAAGAUGCCAGUUACUGAAAUAUGCUCUCUCUUAAUUCUAGAAAUGGAUUAGUACAGCUAAAUAGUCAAAUGAAUAAAGUUAUAGUGUAGAAAGUGAUUUGUGUAAUUCACAUACAUGUCCAACUACACAUAUAUUAACUGUUUUGCACAGAGUGUGAGAUUGACAGAAGAGGGGACAAGCCACAUGCUUCAUUUUAGAGUGUUUUUCUCUGGUAUGUUUUAAUUAUGUUAGUUAUGGAAAACAAAGUCGCUUAAUGUAAUUUAUACUACCCCGUGGGCCACAGGUAGCCAACAUGCUGCUGUUCAGAUGUUCUUAGGGCUUGACAGCAAGCAGUGAGGUCACUUCUCAAGCUUGCCAUUAAAAAACUAUCAAGGUU